AUGUCUUUGGAUUUUGAUGGUGCUGCGUUCCAAACUCAGGAUGAGGAUGAACAAUACGACCAGAACGACAUUGACAGAGACCAAGAGCUUAGACAGCUUAUUGUUGAGAUGCCAGAUGAUGACAUGCUGGAAGAUAGUCGAGAGUCCUCCUGCACAGAGCAGGAAUAUUCACCAAUCUGCAAUAAAAAUGCCAGUAACAGCCCACAGUCCAAAAGGAAUCAGCAUGGGUCAAACCGUCCUCUGCCAACUUCUAAUGAGCAGAACUACGGAGAAAACUACAUUCAACUGCCCCGUGGUUUUGCUCACGAGAAUGGAGGAGUUGAGAUUAAUGGUCAUCAGCGGCAUGCUCAAACUCAACUUUGGGCUCAAAUGUGCAACCAGCAGCCACUAGAUACACAAUUCGCUCAGGAAGACUGCACACGUACCAGCAUUGGAUCAGAAAAUUCUGGGGAAGUCAAUGGUUUUUACACCAACGAACCUUAUGGGUCGAAACCACACCUUCGUGCUCUUAACGUUGUAAACCAUAAUGAAGAAACCACAGGUGAUAAAUACGACAACGGUAACUACAAAAAUCCAAGAGACCAUUUUCACUCUGGAGCAGUGGAGCGACAUGUGACGGAUCACAAGCUCACCUCCAAUCCUCAAAUUUCUCCGCAUCAGAAAUUGAGCUCACUGGCCACGCACCGACAUUAUCCGUAUGAUCAACUGCAAAGAGAGUUGCUUGACUCAACACAACAAACCGCUGAGAAGGAGGAACUUGCCCAACAGCGGACAGUUAACCAGGCAUAUAGAAAUAAUGUUGUCGAGUUGGAGCAAAAGCUGGAGGAUUCCAAACGCAAUAUAAGAGAACUUGAGCACAAGCUUGGAAUUCUCAAAAAUGAGAAAGCUAGUUCUGACGCAAACGUUAAGGAAUUGAGUUGUCAACUGGCUAAGGCCAAAAAGCAGGAGGUUCAAAUGGAAAACAAAAUUAAAGCGAAUGAGCAGAUUAUAUGGACCCUCAAAGAGAGCGACCGAGAGAAAACAAAGGAACUAGGUCUGGCUAAGGAUUUGGCGGACAGUUUAAAUCAACAGAUAUUGGAGUUGCGUCGUUCUGAGACACUGUCCAAACCACGUGAGCGACAUGAUAGAGACAUUACCGUCAUCAGGGAGCAGCAUGAAGCCACACUGUUGGUCUUACAGCAACAGCUUGAUGCCAAAUCUCAAGCUUUGGAUGAACAGAUGGAUUGUAAUAAGAGGUACCAACAGCAGGUGAAACAGCUGGAGCAACAAAGAGAAGAAGAGCAACUAAAGCGUGCCGAUGUGGUCAAUGCUCUUAAUCAGCGUCUGGAGGAGAGUCAGCGCCAAUGUGCCACGCUGCUGCAGACUAGUUCUGUGCUGGAAAUAAAUCAACUAAAGAUCAAUCUAAACCAGGUCAAAAAAGCCAAGGAAAUCAGCGAAAAUAUGAACAAAGUGUUACUGGAGGAUAUGGAUCAGUUGAAAGAGGAGAUUACGCGAUAUGAAUCUGCUUUGAACCAUGGUCUUAUUACAUUGGAUGGAAAUGGUGACUGCGAGAACCAACUUACGGAAUCCUGUUUGGACUUGGGCUUUAAGAAAACAACCUUGACAAAUGGUUCUCUCCACAGGAUGGCCUUGGCCAACUUGUCAGAUUCCAAUUUGCCAAAGGAUGCUUUACUUCGAGAAGAGGUGCAGCGCUGCCUGAUGUGUUUAAAGGCAAAGCGGCAGAAGAUCAGUAAUUUGAAGGAGCAACUGCAACAGAGUCAGGUCCGAGUGAACGAGCUGGAGACCGAAUUGGAGGAAGCCAAGCUCGGUUUAUCGGUUGUACAGUCCAGCCAGAUCAAACAGCCAAACAGGACUGAAGGGGACCAAAAUGAGUUCACAAAACUACAGGAAAACACACGACUCUUGCAGGAUAAAGUGGAGAUGUUAAAAAAGGAAAUUCAACAGCGGAAGCAGAGUGAGGAGAACCUGCAAUCUAAUUACAAGCAGCUCUGCCACAAGAUGAAGGAGAUUCAGGAGACUGCUAAGCGAUCUGAGCAGAUUAAUCAGCAGCAUAUGGACGAUGUGGUGAACCAAGUCAAGAGAGAACUCAUGAUGAAUCACGACGCUCAGGUUGAACAUCUGACAACACAAUAUGAGCAACGCAUCCAUCAGCUCAAUAUUCAGCUGUCUGAGGCCAGACAUGAGAUUUCUGCUGUGCAAAAGGAAUACAUGUCUAUGUGCAAGGAGAGGGACUCAUUGGAGAAUGAGCAGAAAAAACAAGAAGAGGGCAGCGCCGAUUUGGAGAAACUAAGGUCUGAACUUGAGAUGCAACAUCAAGCCUCUGUAACGCAGCUCAAGACUGUCUGGUCCAUGGAGAAGGAGGCAGAGAUCCGGCGACACGUGGCCUCGGCCAAGGCUGCUUGGGAUGAGGAGCACCAUCAGACUUGGACUCUGAAGCUAAAAGAAGCCAGGCAUGAAAAACACCUGGAGACCUCUGAGGGAGCCUGUCAGACAGAUGAGACGCAAGUUAACUGUAUGACGAUUACCACUGAGGAGUUGGACGCCAAGCUCAGGAUUCAAAGAAACCAGCUGCAAAUGGAAGCUGACAAAGUUCAACGGCAAGCAGUGGAAGAAGCCAGGAAACAAACCCUGAAGGAGACUCAAGAGAAACAUCUGGAGGACUUGGCCGUUAAGGUUGAAGAUGCAGUGACCAGGGCCUAUGACCGCUGGAUUGAGGAUUUGACUUCAUUACCAGAAUAUCAAGCCUCUCUUCAAAGAGAGAGGGAGAAAUGGGAACAGCUACAAAAACAAUCCCUGGAAGAAAAGAUAUGGCAACCUCUGAUAGCGGUAGAGCAACAUGAAACACUCCUUGGUCAAAACUGUGGGACGGUGGAGGAACUCCAAGCGAAAUUGGUGACACUCCAGAGGCAACUGGACCAUUUAAGGAGGGAGCAAGAUGCUCUGCUGAAAGCUGAACUCGCUGGAGCUCGAGCAGCCUGGAAAAGAGACAAACAGAAAGAAAUCUCAGCUCUCCAAACACGCAGCGAGGAAUUGUACCAAAGAAAACUACAAGAGGAGUGCAAGAAGAUGGAGUUGGCUUUACUGCAGGCCAGAGACAAUGCUGAUGCCCAGAGGAAGGAGCUUCUCCUGCAAAUGGAGGCUGAGCUUCAACAGACAAUAAGUGCGAGAGAGGACAAGUGGAAACAUCAGCAAGCUGAGAGUGAACAAGCCCAGAGACAACAGAUGAGGGAAGAUUUCCUCGCGGAACUUCAGGCUGGCCUGGCAGAGGUCCAGGCGCAGCUUCUUGGGAGUUCCGGGACCGUCGAGGGCGACGGAAACAGACUGUCUGAAGGGGCAGUGAAGCACUUGAUUCAAACUUGCUGCGUAGACAUUGUUGACCGAGCGGUGUCCCAGGCCAAGAAGGACUGGAAGAAAAUAAGUGAGGCUCAGUUGAGCUGUGUGUUACGGGAAACUCAACAACGGCAUGAAAGAGAAAUCAGUGAGAUGCAAAGCUCUGUGGCCCAGAUGGGAGGGCAGGCUUGCGGCAGCAAAGAGUGCAUGGAUACCACCAGUAAACUGAAGAAAGACAACCAGGAGCUGCAGAAGCGUUUAGAGAAAGCUUGCCGGCACCUUCAGCACAGCGUCCUAGAAAACAAGAAGACCGUGCAGAAACUCAAAGAUGAGCAUGAGAGCAGAUUCCAAAAGGCAAAGUCGGAACACCUGGUUCAACUGGAAGAAGUAAGGCGAAGCGAAGCUGCUGGAACUUUAAACCAUCAACAAAACCUUCAAUCGGGCCUGGAAGAGAUGCAGCAGCAAUACAUGAAGACUGUUGAAAGAAUCAGAGGAGAUACGCUGCGUUACCUCAGAGAAAGCCGUGACCGAGCAGCUGAAUUGAUUCGGAAUGAGGUCCAAAAAGAGAGGAAGGACACAGCACGCAAAAUGAGACACUAUUACCUGACGUGCCUGCAGGAACUGCUGGAAGAUGGUGGUAAAACCACAGGGGCUGAAAAAAUAAUAAUGAAUGCUGCCAGCAAGCUAGCAACUAUGGCGAAAGUACUGGAGACACCUAUGAAAAAUAAAUCUGGAAAGAAUCACACUUUACCAACUCAGAUGGCAGUUGCGUCUACCACUGGCCCCUCUCUGAUACGUCAUCAUUCUUUGAGGAACCCAUUGACUAAAGCGCAUGACGACAUAACGGAAGAUCGAAAAACGACACUGGCGCGGACUAAACUCGUAAGCAAGCAAAACAUAGGUACAGGAGAGACUUCGAAGGACGCACAAAUCUAUCCUCAAAAAGCGGCCACACUUACAAGGAGCAAGCAGGAGUUUCCGGUCCGAGAUGAUAAAUGCACUGACAGGAGCUCGACCAGCAGUGAUUCGGACAGCGUCCACAUCACUCGAGCAUCCUUCUCGGGAAGGAAAGUAGAAUCGGUGAAGCCCUUCUCCAUUUCUGCCACUGACUUUGGUGGUCUUAGCCCAAAUGCAUCUGACCUGACAGUUUAUAAUGACAUAGCUCAGGAGACUAAGCAAACCUUCGCCCCCGAAGCAAAGAUGAGCUCACACAGAGAGCCCACGCCGGGCUCAGAGGGAGACAAACGACGCAUGGCGUUUACCAAGCCACCGUUGUUGGAGUUUAUACAGCAGGACAGCGGCUUUGACAGCCCAUUCAAUCACCCAAAAUGUCAAUGA